AUGGCGUUAUCGUCACCGCGAUGUGCUGCUCAUGCGAACGCUGCUUCUAAUACCAAAUUGACAAAAAGGAGUCCCAACGUCAUGGGAGCAUCUUCCAAUCCAAAAGUAACGCAUCAUAAUCAUCAUUCUCAUCAUCAUCAUCAUCGCGAGGGAAACAUCAAAGUUUUUCUCAUUUCCGACAUCCACUUUGACGCGAAGGAAAACGAGAGAUUCAUCGAGCAGAUGCCAUCCUCCUCGAACAGUAACAACAACAAAGAUGACGACUGCUAUUCGAUACUCAUCAUCGCCGGCGACGUCGCGGAAAAGUUGAGCGAUUUAGAGCGGUGCUUUCGCACGUGUUUGAAGAAGUUUGAUUGCGUUUUUUAUACUUUUGGCAAUCACGACCUGUGGUGUGCCUCGAAAGAGGAAAAAUGUUCGCUGGAGAAGAUUCAAUCGGUGUUUAAGCUGUGCGAGAGAUUAGGGGUGAAAACGGAUCCAUCAUCGGGAGAAGGGAUUGGUGGCCCGAACGACGACGCAAAAAGGAGGGUAUUCAUAGCUCCCGUGCAUAGCUGGUACGAGCGGGAGUUUGAUACGGAAGAAGAGGUGGAAGCGCCCGAGGGCGUGAACAUUCCCGGCGUCGAGAGGGUUAUGACGGAUUAUCGUUUAUGCAAGUGGCCGAAACUCGACGCGUGGAAAAAAGAGAUCACGAAGACGACGACGAUAAAGUCAGACGAUUAUUACAUUUCGAAGAAAAUUGACGCUUUGAACGACGCGGAUGGCAAAUUUGAACGAUUUUUAGAAAACGUGAAGCGAGCGAAAGAGGAAGGCAAAGACGUGACGGUGAUUACGUUUUCGCAUUUUCUUCCGAGGAUUGAGUUAAUCCCAGAGAAGCGCUUCUUGCUCUAUCCGAAGUUGACGCAAGCGGUUGGCUCGAAUAUCUUAAACGAACGCAUAGAGCGCGUUACAGAAAUAUUACAUCUCGAGAAAUCGGGGAAGGACUCGCAUACUCACGCUUUUGGUCACACCCAUUUUGGAUGGAACUUAGUUUUGGAGAAUAACGUGCGUUACGUCCAAGCUGCGUUAGCUACACCGAAAGAGUGGGUGAGACGUCCGCGGAGUUUAGUUGUAGGCGAGUUUUUUUCAAACGCGCCAGGGAACUCGCCUCUACUUCUAUACGACUCUCGGACGAAUGCGUUUUCCGGAAGCUCGUCGAAUAUAAAAGAAUAUAAUCCUGGAUUAUGGGCAAAAUAUUACGAGGAAAACGCGAGGGAUCCGAGUAAUAAGACGUUAGCUCCUUGGGUAUUGUCGUACGUCUCCAGAGUGUGGGGUUCGCGAGAGUUGAAGAAGAGCAUGAUGAUGACGUCGAAUACCGACGCGUCGCCGUUGCCGGGUAAGAGCGGUCAAGUGUAG